CGCCUGUUUCGAAUCGCGCGGGAUCGAACGCGCGAGAGCUCGUUGAUCUCUAUCUCUUUCUUUCUUUUUUUUUUCCAUUUUGCGCGAUGUCCCACGGCCGAUGCGUGCUUGCAUUCCUCUUCGGUUUGUUGACGUUUCUUUCGCCACGCGAAACUCACUGUGCCACGAACGUCACCGACAUCGCGGAGCAGGUCCAGGCGGAGAACGCACUGGCGAAACUGGUGAAGAUGUUCUCCAAACCGGGCGCGUUCAAGCGAAUCGACGCGAUACUUGGUGAAAAUACUAUCGAGGCAUCGUUCACGAGCUGUCCCAUGGGCGAAGAGGGCCUGGAGUGUCGAAGGGCGGAGGCUCGACGAUCGGUUGAUUGUCCUCGAGGUGACUGUUUCUGUUACGAUUGCGCCGCUGCCGGACCCGACUUGUGGGCCUCUUGUUGCCGUGAAAGCUUGAGGUGCUGCUCUCAUCUCGCAGCGGCUUGCAGGACAUGCGAUCAUCCGACAUUGUAUCCUUUCUGCGCCAAACACUUCAAGAAAUGCGUGACCCAGUAUGACGAGAAACAGAAUUAGAGAGAAGAUCUCUUCAAUGUUUCAAUUGUGAUAGUUGACUUACAAUGAGGAUUACUAUGUGACAGAAAUAUUUUACUUGUCCUCUUCGUUAUCAAAUUGUUUGCAUAAACGCUCUGACUGAAUAA